AUGCAUCUCCUUGAGCUACACGAUGACUCGUUCUUCGACCCGCACGGUCGUUUGACUGGUUCCUACACGGCCACGGACCUCACGCCAGAUAAGUUCCCAUAUUGGGACGACGAGUUUGGUCAAUCUGGUAAAGACAAGGAACCGCAGGUCCUGCCUAGAUGCUGCCUAUGUUGCUUCAAGUUUGAGCCAUGUGACUCUAUCGUCGUUCUCAACCCCAGAAAUCCUCACUUGCUAGAUCCCUGGGCGGGUGAGUACAUUGAGCCAGAGCGCAUCGAUCCGACUGGCUGGGAAUUUGCAUGUCGCCGUCCCCUUGAGAAAGGUUACCACCCAGAAUGCGUGCACCUGGUUGCAAAAGGUCUCCCUUUUGGUGACUCCAUUCAUCGCGCCAUCAAGGACCGUACCAGUUACGGAGUCGGCUACACUGAACUUCUUCCAUCCGUUGAAGCAGCCCGCGUACGUCGAUUGAAGAAGAGGUUUGCCCAAGAGCUCAUGGCUAUCGUCGGAUAUCGUCUUCCCCUCGAGAUCUGUGAGAAUAUUGGCCGUUACUGCUUGAGCGAAUAUGCGACGAAGCUCAUCAACGACGUUUGGUCAAACAAAGACUUUGCGGGACCUCGGCAUGCCACCCUCCGGGUGACCAAGUCAUGUUCCAUCUGGGCACAGCACGUUGAGUUUGAGGGUCUCCAGUACAUCAAGUCUCUCUCCACCACUCGUAAAAGCGAGAGUGACAUGAAGCUCUUCGAGGCUACCUCCGGCAUCCGUGUCAGUGUCUACUUCGCCGAAGACUGUUUGGGUAUCCGUGAAGUUGUCAUCACUCAAGAUGACAACAAUACUUCACUAAAUCGAGAUAAAGGCUUGAAAUGGGUUGUUAACCGUCGAAAGGCUCUUCCGUUCAGCUUCAAAUACAAAACCGAUGGUCUGAAGCUGCGUGACUUGGCCAUAACUGAGAUAGAGAAUGAAGAUGCAAACUGCCUACAGAGGCGCUGGGCUGUUCUGCCUAAUGACCUGGAUAUUUCCCAGCUCGCUCCACCUCCACCAGGGUGUAACUUUGAAGUGUCAAAUGAGCCGAUCCGUGCAGUUGACUGGAAUCUACCUGGAUGCCGUGGUUACUCCGUUCUCAUAGAUGGCUACUGUAUCUGUGACAUCAUCUCGAACAACAUGGCAGGGCCAUCUUCACAGUUGGUGGAUGUGAGCAACGAAUAUAAAGGUGUUUGGUUCUACGUACCCGUUGAUCGAGACGAGCGAAUCGCGGAGCUUUGGCUUCGAAUUGAAGAUCGCGGCAAUACAUAUACAUGGCAUCGAAACUACAAAUGUCUUGUUAUGCGUACGAAUAAAGGACGGAGCUUUGUUCUCGGUUUGCAAAGUGGAAAGGCCAGCAAGUUCACCUAUCAGCCGAUCACUACGUUGUCGCUGACCGAUCCAUCUCGAAUGCUAUAUUGCAAGACCAAAACUAGGUUCUGGCUGGGCUUUGAACAAGCAAUGACUUGGGACCAGCACGACAUCGGCAUUUCACUUCCAAAUUCAUCCAAAUCCACUCCUUACCAAUUCAAAGAGCUCAAUUCAUCGAAUGCUGAGCUUCGGGAUGUUAGGGCAGUUGCUGUAUGCCGAAAUUGGAGAUACUCUAAGGAUGCGGGAAUUGUCGGCAUGCUCCUUACAUACGCCGAUGGCCAUCAACGAUCUCUCGGGCAAAUCCGUCUCGAUUACAUGGAGGCGCCUCUCACGGUUUCUUCGGGAAAGAUCUGGCUUGGCUGUGACAAGUCAGAAAAAAAACCUCUCCCUAAUGGCUUCUGGCCGGGGACAUUCGAGAUCAAGUGGGUUGAGAUGGAUAAGCCUUUGCAGGAUAAGAACCGGGAGUACUUUGAACUACCGCUUACAGGCUCUCUUAAAUGGGAAAGCUACUCGAUCGGGGACCUUCAAUCAGUGUGUCAUCAUGAGAGCAGCGAACUGCAAAAUGAGAUGGAUCGGGUGCUAGCCCGUGAGGCUGAGUCUGGAGGACGUGCUCCGGGAGUGGUCAAAACGUUCUCUGUCGUUAGCGACAAAUACUUCCCAGACGGCGAGUCGUACACUUCAGUAUCACACGACAAGGGAUUCCAUGCAGGUUGCGUUGAAAUUGUAGGCGAUAAUCUAUCUGCCAAAGGUUUCCUUGAAUCCUGUACAUGGAACAUCCUUGACCGCGGGUUCCAUGAUUCAUUCACUCAACCACCGCCCUCUUUUGUGGCUCUGCGCACAGGAGGUCUCAAAUCAUCGCUUGCCCUGGAGCUCAUGCACGCCAUCAGCAAUCGACUUCCUGUCGAAAUAUGCGAGAGAGUUGCAACUUACUGCUUGAGCGAAUAUGCGACAAGACUCCACCUGGAUGCCUGGCAACAUCGGGAUUCUGGUGGCCCAGAGAAAGAAGUCACACUGCCGGUUUUCGAUGGCCAAAGCGUUUGGGCCCAGUACGUUGAGAUCGAAGGUCGCAAUUACGUCAAGUCCCUGUCAACCAUUCGUCUGAACGAGAACGACUCGAAGAUUUUGGUGGCCGAGCCCAAUUUCUCGUCAAAGAUGCAGAAGUCACCUCCGGUCGACAACAUUACCUUCUGCCUCCUGCGUCUUGGACUAAGCGCUGCACACGGUGGAUCAAGGAAUCGAUUGCUGCGGACCUGA